CUAGUACCCAGGGGAGGACCUGUGUUCGUAACCUGAAACUUUAUAUUUAAACAUUGUCUUAUUCUAGAUGCGUUGCAGUGAACAUCAACUACUGUGGGCAUUAGACUGAGAGGAACAAGUGAAGGUUUAUGGCAGAAAUUCUAAAACAUUUACAAUUGGAUGGAUAGAGAGUGACCCUGAGAGGUAAGCUUGGAUAACACACUACUCCUCCGCUCGACUGGCAAGAGAUAGAGAUGGAAAUUGUGUGUAGAUUUAAGAUAAUUGUCAUAAAGAAUGGACUAGUUGAAUAGAGGACUAUGGCAACUGGUUACUGACUAUGUUGCUUUACUGGUAAAAAAAGAAAGGAGGUAUUUUGACAGACAAACAAGACUCAAAUGUUAUGUGUCUGUACUACUGGUACUGUAUUGAUAUUGUCAAGGGUGCCUUCCAUCCUCUAAAGGAUCCUAUCUUCGGUGGAGAACGUUGUAAUGAAGAUCCAUGAGAAGAUUUUAACCCAUUACCUAUCCUGCACCUCACCGGUAGAUAAAGAAGGAUAUCUCUACAAAAAGGUAUUGUAAAAGUUGACAGACACAAGCAAGAGCCAAAUUACAUUAUCAAUAUGCUGUGAGAUUCUGUUAUAACACAGUCUCCUCUUGGCCUUGUGCGUUUCCCUGCCUAAUAAUAAUUAUGUCUCAACUGAUAUUUGAAGCUACUUCUAUUAUUAUCACACUCAACCCCCCCCCCCCCCCCCCCCCCCUUGUAUAAUGGCACUCAUUUGGGUAAAAUUAUCUCUGUAUUUAUCUCCGUACCUAUUUAUUCUCACUCUUUACAACUUCCCUUCACCAAAAAUAUUGUAACUUAUUCCUCCCUUUCUCCAUCUUUCACCCCACCACCCUGGCAUCCUCCUCUUACACAUACCACAUUAGAAAGAGAGGACCUCCUCCUACCAGAGGCGCUGGUUUGUCCUGAAGGCCAAUCUGCUGUUCUACCAGGAGCGUCCGGCAGAUCGACACCUGCUGGGGGUUAUUGUCCUAGAGGGCUGUGCUGUCCAGCACUGUGAGUCUGAGGGAGGACUGUUUGCCUUCUCCAUGGUGUUCAGAGGGUCAGGGCUGAAAAGCUACAGGCUUGCUGCUGAGGACCAGCUGGGCCAGGAGAGCUGGGUCAAAGCUCUGCUCACAGCCAGCCACUGCUACCUUUCACUGCUGGUCAGAGACCUGGGGAAGCAAUACGAAGGUGAGUGUGUGGAGAGAGUGUGAUGUGUGUGUAUUCUUGUAUUCAUGCUUCAAAAAGAUGUGCUCCUAUCCUGCCUCUCAACCUGUAUUCUUUUGUCACUAAGCAGAGGCUAAACGCCAAGCAGGCCCUGCUGAAUCCCAUCAACGAACCACUGUGACUGGUCCAGGCUCAAAGUGCCUUACCCAAUCCAUGGCUUCCCUGAACUCAUGCUCCUCCUCCUUCCUCAUGCCAGGACCAGUGAGGAGAGAAGGGGGAAGCCACAGUGCCAGUAAUGUAUUACAAGCCCCUCCAAUGCCCAGCAAAGUGAUCAAUAAGAGGUCCCCUAAGCAUUGGCCCAAGAGAAAUGCACAUGUCACACCGAUAAAUGGACCAGCACCACCAUAUGGGGAAUGGCCACAAGUGGACUUUGAUCCUCUAGAGGAUUUCACCAAGCUACAUGAUUACUAUGGAGAGGGGGUGAAGCAGCUGAGAGCUGAUUGGCUGAGGAGGAGGCAGGAGGAAGAGGAGCACCUUGAGGAGGAUCUUAUUGACCUGAGUGAACACUGACCCCCAGAGAUCAGACAGUCACCACUCUGGUUAUGUUGAUGAGGACUUUGGUGUGAAUGCCAGU